UUCCUGUUCGGACUCGUCGACACUGCUGCUGCUGAGGCUCUAUCGUUUCUCACCCCACUUCUCCAUUCAUCCUCAGCUCGAGUCUUCGAUCGCUGGUCUCCCCCAGCGUCGUAAAUUUGAAGGUCUCUCCAGACAGCCGGCAGGCAAUGUCAGGCUCCUCUCCCCCGCCUCCCCAAACAGAAGCGAUGGGAACCGAUGGGUGUUUCCCCCCUGAGUACAAGCCUUUCAACCCCGAGGAACAUGGCUUGGAGCGCGGCUUUCGUCUCACAGCCUUCUCGGACUUGAAAGGAUGAGGCUGCAAAGUCCCCCAGGAGGCUCUGCUCAAACUCCUGGCGGGACUCGAGCCGAACCGGGCCGACGGGUCAGGGAAGGACGGAGACCACGCAUCUGAAUUGGCGCAACAGUUGCCCGGGCCUCGGCUAGGAGUGGGAAUGGAUUGCUGUGUGAUUCCUCUGAGGCACGGGGGGCUCUCAUUAGUCCAGACAACAGACUUCUUCUACCCUCUGGUGGAGGAUCCCUACAUGAUGGGCAAGAUAGCUUGUGCCAAUGUCCUCAGUGAUCUCUACGCCAUGGGCAUCACAGAGUGUGACAACAUGCUGAUGCUGCUUAGUGUCAGCCAGAAGAUGAAUGACAAGGACCGUGAGCGUGUAAUGCCGCUAAUGAUUCAAGGAUUUCGCGAUGCUGCAGAGGAGGGAGGGACUUCUGUGACAGGCGGCCAGACGGUGAUCAAUCCAUGGAUCAUUAUAGGGGGAGUGGCCUCAGUUGUCUGCCAGCCCAACGACUUCAUUAUGCCAGACGGUGCUGUCCCAGGCGAUGUCUUGGUCCUUACCAAGCCUCUGGGGACACAGGUUGCUGUCAAUGCUCACCAGUGGCUCGAACAGCCUGAUCGGUGGAACAAGAUCAAGCUUGUCAUCACCAAGCAGGAAGUUAAAGAGGCUUAUCAGGAAGCUAUGUUUUCAAUGGCAACUCUAAACCGUACAGGGCUGUGGAGUAUUGGAUGGGGCCAACACAGGCAAGAGUGUAUCAGUCUGCCGGUGUUCCAUGAAGCAGCUAAUGACACAGCUGUCCAACUCUUGACUGCUCACUGUGUGAUCCGCAUGCUGGCUCAACACAACAAUGACCAUUUAUCAACGGCAGGUCUCAUGCACAAGUUCCAGGCCCAUGCAGCAACAGACGUGACAGGCUUUGGUUUGUUGGGGCACGCCAACAACUUGGCAACACAACAACGCAAUGAAGUGGCCUUCGUCAUCCACAACCUACCGAUCAUAGCCAAGAUGGCUGCUGUCAGCAAAGCGUGUGGAAACAUAUUCAAUCUGGUUCAGGGCACAUCAUCAGAGACAUCCGGUGGACUGCUGGUUUGUCUGCCCCGAGAGCAGGCGGCCAAAUUUUGUUCUGAGAUGAAGAGCCAGAGUUUGGGGACUGGAGGUCAGGGUGCCUGGAUCAUUGGAAUUGUAGAGAAAGGAGACCGUCGCGCUCGCAUCAUCGACAAGCCCCGUAUCAUCGAGGUUCCACCACGAGGAAGCCAAGUCGCCAAUCAGGAUAACAACUCUGCGAGCCCUGUGCCUGGGUCCAAUUUGUCCUAGACUGUGUGGUUCAUUGUGUCUGUGUGUGUGCAUGUGCGUGCGUGUAUGUGGUGAGGAUUCUGUCCAUCUCUUCUGGAAAGCACAGAUCACCACUGUCCUUUUUCUCCAUCUUAUUUGGGUAUCAACCUACAUACUACAUUGUCAGAUAAAGCUGUAAUAAUUGCUUAAGAUCCGACUUAUUUUACAUAUCUACAGUAAUUAGUGAGAAUGCAAAAUAAGUGGAAAUAACAUUCCAAAUCAUCCUUGCCAAAUUCAAAGAUAAAAAUCAAUACCAGUGGAUGUUUGUGUAUGGAAGGUUUUUUUUUUUUUUUUUUUUUUAUAAAUGUGACGUGGGCCACUACUACUAUUUUGUUGGCUUAAUUUGAAUAGGGGAUGAUAUGUGUCGGGAAUGAAAUUAUUGCCCAAAUGAAAUGGUGCAACUGUCUUGUGUCUGGCUCAGGCAUUACAGUCUAGAGGAAGGCUUGAGCAGCUUCCUCCGGACAAGUGGCUCCAGGUACAGAUGGCCUUUUUCAGCUGAUUGGUCAUCCAGUACAAAGUCACUCACAUUCUUCCUGUUUAUGAAACUCUACCCUAUAAACCCCAGCCAAGGGGCCAGGUGGAGUGGAUGCUUGUCAUUGGAAGGGUGAGGUGGACUUUGCUGGUUGAGGGCUAACGCUGUUUGUCAAUUUCCUGCUUUUCACAAUCAAUUAAAAUAACAACUUGA